CCUUUCGACCCCCCACCCGCCCACGGAGAAUUCUUUUAGCUCAUGUCGAAUCUUUGAUCGAUCCGAUCGAUCCAUCGGUCACCCGUCACCGCGUUUUCGUCCUCCCCCCGUCGGCGGCAGAGCCCGCUUGUUCACCUGGGUGGUUUCUCAUGGUCUUUAGCAAGAGGAGGGAAAGAAAGGUGGCGAAGACGCAGGUAUGGCAACCGUGCAAAAAGAAGAGAUCUUGAUCCGCCUGCUGAAGCUCGAGCUUGAAUUGUGAUUCUUGAGAGAGAAGGUGAAGGGAGAGCUUGGAGGAGAGAGGGGAGGAGGGAAGAUGUCGUCACGAGCGAGCAGUAGCGGGAGGACGCGCGUGGGGAAGUACGAGCUUGGGAGGACCCUGGGAGAGGGGACUUUUGCGAAGGUGAAGUUCGCGAGGAACAUCGAGACGGGGGACAAUGUGGCCAUCAAGAUCCUGGAUAAAGAGAAGGUUUUGAAGCACAAGAUGAUUGGUCAGAUUAAACGAGAAAUUUCAACAAUGAAAUUGAUCAGGCACCCAAAUGUCAUCCGCAUGUUUGAGGUGAUGGCUAGCAAGACGAAAAUAUACAUUGUGUUGGAGCUAGUAACUGGUGGCGAGUUAUUUGACAAAAUUGCAAGUAGAGGUAGGUUGAAAGAAGAUGAAGCAAGAAAAUAUUUUCAGCAGCUCAUCAAUGCUGUGGAUUACUGUCAUAGCAGAGGUGUCUUCCACAGGGAUCUGAAGCCUGAAAAUUUGCUGUUGGAUGCUAGUGGAACUCUUAAAGUUUCAGAUUUUGGACUGAGUGCCCUACCUCAGCAAGUUCGGGAUGAUGGACUACUUCAUACUACUUGUGGAACACCAAAUUAUGUUGCUCCUGAGGUUAUUAACAACAAGGGCUACGAUGGGGCAAAGGCAGACCUGUGGUCAUGCGGCGUGAUUCUUUUUGUCCUUAUGGCUGGCUUUUUGCCCUUUGAAGAAUCCAAUCUCAUGGCAUUGUACAAAAAGAUUUUCAAGGCCGACUUCACUUGUCCUUCGUGGUUCUCCUCAAGUGCAAAGAAGCUAAUUAAAAGAAUUCUGGAUCCUAAUCCAUUGACUCGGAUUACAAUUGCGGAGGUCAUUGAGAAUGACUGGUUCAAGAAAGGAUAUAAACCUCCAGUUUUUGAACAAGCCAACGUGUGCCUCGAUGAUGUGAAUGCAAUCUUCAAUGAAUCUGCUCAGGACCCACAAAACCUCGUAGUGGAAAGGCGUGAAGAAGGGCCGAUGGCCCCUGUCACCAUGAAUGCCUUUGAACUCAUCUCUACAUCGCAGGGUCUCAACCUUAGCACACUUUUUGAAAAGCAAAUGGGACUUGUCAAACGUGAAACGAGAUUCACAUCAAAAUGUCCAGCUAACGAGAUAAUUGCGAAGAUUGAAGAAACUGCUAUGCCAUUAGGUUUUGACGUGAAGAAGAAUAACUUCAAGGUAUAAGAUGACCUCUCUCUCUCUCUCUCUCUC